GGGGGAGUGUAUGGAAAGAAAGGCUCAUACAGAAAGAAAGAGAGAAGACAGAUCCAUCUCAAAAUGAACAAGGAGAGCAAGUGAAUAUCACUCUUCUACCGAUCCCUUGUUCUUCUAUGGACAGAGGAAGAGAGCAUUUCUGCAGAGAGCAGAUUCUUGGUGGUGGUGACAGCUGUUUGGCUCAGCUUCACGUUUAACAUCAUCCCUAAAGAGAGUCAACAGCGUCUUGUGGCCGUCUACUCAGCUGCGCAUUGCAAAAGGCAGUCAUCUACAGGAUGCACACUCCUGCGUCCAUGCUGAUGGGGGUGGUGUUUGCACCCUUGGGCCUUGUGCUGGUAUUUACUGCAGCAAUCACUCCUCAAUGGAGAGAAGGACAGGCGCGGUUGGGCGCGGCAGGACGGGGUGGAGCCACAGAGCUCCUCCUUGUCCGUUCAGAUGGCCUAUGGGAGAGUUGCCUGCAGGUGGUGCACUCUGAGCUGAAAGAGUGCUGGCCAGUGUCGGGGUCCUACCAGCGAGAUGCUCGGGUUCGAUUGGUUCAGGGCAUGGUGCUGUCAUCUCUUUUCCUGUGCGGCGCUGGGAUUGUGCUUGCGAGCGUGGGUGUUCGCUGUUGGACUGAUAUCCCUCUCAGGAGUGUAGCAGCAGCCGGUGGCCUGUUGGUGGCGCUAGCGGGUGUGCUCAGUUUGGCUGCGUUAGGGGUGUACACUUGCCACCUCUCAAAGCUAGGGAUCGAGGUGGAUUCAACUGUAUCUGAGUUGCAGGGGCUCAACAUACACAAACCACCUCGACUAACGCUACACCCGGCCGGGUCACUCUACUUUGGGUGGGUUGGUGCUUGGAUACAAGUGCUAGGAGGGGCUGCACUGCUGUUUGGGUUCAAAAGUGUGCAGUGUCCAUCCUGUCCCAAACAGAGACUCAAAGACAGUGCCGAAAUGUAUGAGGUGAACUGUUAGAUUGUCAACCCAAGCAGGACAUUUCGAAAAGCUCAUCCCUUAAAGGUGCACUCAAUAAUUCUAAAGAAAUGACUAGUAAUUUUGAAACAUAUGUAUAAAAACCUGACCUCUCAUGUGAGAUGAAGAGUUCAGUAAUAUCAGUAAUCUUAUAAAAGCUCUUUUAUUCUACAUGGAGCAGGGGAGACUCAGUCAUUCAUGAAUUACUGUGCAUUGUGAAUUUCCACAAUGGCAUUGGUAGCUGAAAACAACUGUGUUUGCAUGAUGCAGCAUCCAGGCCACUAAGUGUCAUUUUAAGCCAUACUUCAACAUACUUAAAUUACUGAGUGCACCUUUAAAGUAAUGUUCCAGUUAUAUUUAGUUAACAGCAUUUGUGGCAUAAUUUUGAUUUCUAUAAAAAAUAAUUUAGACUAGUCCCUCGUUCAUUUAAAAGAGAAAGAGAGAGAGAGAGAGCACAAAAAUGCGUUUAAAGUAAGGCAUUUAAAAUGGACAUGAAUGAGGCCAGUGCAUGAACACUAAAAUACACUCUCUUUCAAAAGUAUAUAUAUAUAGUGUCGAUUCAAAAUAUUUUGUCAUCAACAUGCCACAAGUACUGUUGACAUAGCUUAACUUGCAUUGAAUCCGGAACAUUCCUUUAAAAAAUAGCAAAUGGGCGUUUGUUUAUGUAACAGCUAUGAACCAUGAUUUGCAACUUGCUAGUCAGUUGCAGAUGGAAUCUGGGGAGGGACAUUCUCAUUCUAGAGAGCAUUUAAAAAAAAAUGUGUAGUGCAAGAUGAGUCAUUAAUAUUUUUGGAUCCUUACCUCUAAAAAACAAACAGAUUGUGACUUUUAAAUGUAUAUAUCUGCUAAAUGUUCAUUUGGUCAACUUUUAUGAGUACACUACCAUAUAGAAGGCUUCAAAUAUAAAAGUCACAAAACUUUUGUGGGCUUUUCUUGUUCUAGUAUGUGGUGUCUUUAUCUAUUAUGACAUAGCUCAGAAUUUACAGUUUAUUAAUCUUUUCAAAGCUGUAAUAAAAUGAAGUUUUUUGGCUUUUCCUGCUAGUAGUUGAGACAUUACUAUGUGUGAUGUCAGUUAAGGCUAAUGGCUGAUAAACAUAUUUACAUUUGGACAUAAACCAGCAGAAGUUCUUUAUCUGUGAUAUAACAAUCUGUAAUUAAUAACUGUACUUGAUUAGACUGUAAAUAUGUGUAAUUACUUGCUAUAGUCUGUUUAUCUCAAACUAUCUAUUGGCUACUUGUCAUGCUAACAAAUGCUUUUACGGUAAACUGCUUGUUUGGGUAAAUACGCAGCUGCUUAGGAAUCAUUUGUACAUUCCUACACGAACAUUACAAAAAGCUGAGAUAAUUGUACUUCCCUGUGCAAUGUCAAUUGUCAAAAUGUAAUUAA